AUGUUCUCGAAAAAAGUGAAAUUGUGUUGCAGGUUUUGUUUUACAGACCUUUGGCUCGAGCAUACGUUCAUUAAGUGCGCGACCACUGCCUGUAUCGAGUUAGGCGUUAGUCUUUGCCUUCAAUGUUUUGCAGCUGGUACCGGAGAUAAUGUUCAUAAGAACACAGAUCCGUAUCAAGUUCUGUGUAACGCCAUUCACAUUGGCGACCACUUGUGGGCAGCUCAUGAAGAAAUCACAUUACUCGACACAUACAUGGAUACCAUGUCAUGGGACAAAGUUGCUAGGAAACUAGGUAGAUCACCAAAAGAAUGUGAAUGUCAUUACUUUGAUAAUUAUGUACUUUAUCCAAAAAUCAAAGGUCUAGAAUGUGUGAACAAAAAUGCAUUUAGAUUUGAUAGAUUUGAUAACAUGAAUAAAAAUAUGACAAACACUAUUGGUGAUACAUUGGAUUUAGAAGAAUCCCACCAUCAAUAUGAAUUAGCUAUUCGUUUAGCUGGCUAUCAACCAGCACGGGGAUCUUUUGAAGAAGAAUAUGAUAACCAAGCUGAAUGCAUUUUACAAUUAUUAGAUGAACCAACAUGGAUUGAUCAAGAAUCAAAAUCCAUUUUAGAAUCAAAUGUAUCUUACAAAAGGCUGAAUACAACCAUUUUUGACAUUUUUAAGGAGAGGCUGCAGGAACGAUAUAGAAGAAGACAAAUUGUUAAAGACUAUGGACUUGUUGCGUUUAAUAAACACCAGUUAUGGAUUAAGUCUAUGGAGAUGAUAUUGGGUCCUGAAAUGAUGCAAAGAUUAAUUCGUUAUUUACACCUAAUAAAACCACUGGCUUUUGAUUUACUUAUUACCAAUCUUAAACAAGAACAUGAAUUGUUAGCUAAAAUUCAUAAGCUUAUUGUUUUUCGUAAAAACGGUUUAACCAAAAUGGCUCAAAUAAAUAUUUAUAAAGAAUUAAGGGCCAAAAGAGAAGAAUAUUUAAAAAUAAGGCCAUUGGGAUCAUCUACAUCAAGAAUUAUUGAAAACUCAAAGCCUCGUAUGAAUGUUUGUAAUCUACCAGGUUUCCAAAAACUUGAUGAUGAUGAAAGGGAACUUUGUGCACUGAUUAAAAUGUUACCUGAAUCAUAUUUGAAAUUUAAAGAAUUACUUAUAAACGAGUGUGAAAAAUCAAAAGGUAUAAUUUUAAAAACUGCUAGAAGUUUGGUAAAAAUUGAUGUUAACAAAACAAGAAAAAUUUAUAACUUACUGAUGGGUAAAAAAAUUAUAUGGCAACAUUCCCAAGACUGA